CCCUUGCAAUUACACCACGGGCCACUAGGGGUCCGCGGAUCCCCCGGUUGAGAAACACUGAUCUAUGGCACCGUCUUUGUGAGGAUAAAGUACAGAAACGUUGACCCCUACACCCCGCCGACGUCACCGCCGUUCCGCCGUUUGACCCUCCCUCCAGCAGGCGGCGGUAGCGCGACGCCGUGCUCACCUUACGUCGCAGCGGCUUCACGUCCGUGUUUACAAGCGAAGCGUGACGUCCACCGGAGUCGCGCAGAUUAAAGCACCGAGAGCCCCCAAAACGCCGUCGAUCACGUUGCUCUCCAGAAAAGCGGAGCGAAAUGCAGGCGCUGAGGGUUUUCCUCAACGAGAGGCUGACGGCGGCGGCCGAGGAGAUCUUCGGCGCGGUGGAAAAGACAAUAGCCGAGUACAAGGAGGAGAUUUCCCGUUCAAAAGACCUGGAGAUCAACCGUCUACGGAUGCAGCUGAAGCUCCUCAAGUCAGUCCCCCGGCUGGAUAGAUGUCCCGGUAUACAGCAGCAGCACACCCAUAACCACCACCACCACCACCAUCAGCAGCAGCCACAACAACAACACCACAAUCAAUCAAUCCUCCCUGUCCCUGCAGCGGAUGCCUCCGAGCCGCAGCCCUGCGAGGAGGACGGGGGCUCCGGCGUGGAGCAGGAGCGUCCGGGGUCGUCGUCGUCCUCGUCGUCGUCGCAGGUCAAGAAGGAGCAGCAGAGGACGCACAGGGAAUUCUGGAUGAGUCACGACGAAGAGCAGCUCGAGGAGCUGGAGUCGGACAUCAAGGAGUUCAUCUCGUCGCCGUCGGGUCUGAAGGGCAGCCUGCAGGACUCGGUGCUGCCCUUUCACCCCUUCCAGAACAACGGCGAGGAAGCCAAGGAGAAGCCGUACUGCUGCUCCGUGUGCGAGAAGCGCUUCAGCAACUGCUCCCACCUCGCGGCCCACAUCAGGACGCACACGGGGGAGAGGCCGUACAGGUGCGAGAUCUGCAGGAAGACUUUCAUCACGACCAGCGCCCUGAACCGCCACCAGACCAUCCACACCGAGGGCAAGCACUUUGUGUGCAAUUACUGUGGCAAGUCCUUCAAGUGGAUGGAGUCCCUGGGCAGGCACAUGAGAAGUGUGCAUAAACGGGAAAACAUGCCCGCCUGAGCCGCACUGUUAAUGAGAGAAACCAUGUAAACGAUACCCCCCUACCCCCCUACCCCCCCCCAUAGGCUAGGUGUGUUAAUGCUGUUUUUUUUUUUUUUUAAAUGUGUUUCCAACAAACGGUUUCAGUAGGAACGGGACAUGAACAUAGCGGCUCCGCCUUCCACGUUUUGUUGGUGUGUUUGUGGGCUUAAUGUGAAAGCGUCCUCGUGAAAGUCACAGCUUCCUCCAACCUCGUGUAGAAAGCAGCGACCGCUGCAGUGAUAUGCAACUCGUGUGUUGUACACUGAUUGUCACAACAAUUCCUAAACUCGAACUGCUGUUAACUUUAUUCAUACUGAAUAAAAUAUGAAUA